CCCCCAUGGAGCAAUAACAAACUGUCCCUCUUGGGUUGACUUGGAACCUUCAGACCAGAGAGCAGCUUACCGCCGCAUUCUUCAGGAUUCUUUUUCUUGACCUGGCUUCUACAUCGUACUAUCCACACCGUCUUUAUCGUCCCCGCGACAAAUAUUCGAAAUAGAAUCGAGUCGAAUACUUCAAGGGGCUUCUCGAAAAGCCGUUGCGGUCAAGCCGAGUUCAGACGGCCAAGACCAGGCGGGUGACGCUUGCAACGACGACAUCAACAACAACCUCUCCAAUAACAGCAACAACAACGCCUUGAUCACUGUGCGUCACUUCACGCGACGCCCCUUGGACGGCUUCUAUGGCUUCGACAUACGCACUGCCCGUUUCUCCGCUACCUCACACCCCUCACACCCACUAUCGCCAGCACUCCCAUGGCGGCCACACCCACAGCCAUUCGCAAUCAUACAACCGCUCCUCGUCGCCUAGCAAGUUAGCUCCAGCAGGAUCUAGGCCGGCAUACACAGGAGGGACACCAUUGACCGGGAAUAUGCACUCGCGCACGCAGUCGGCGCACAUUCCCAACCAUCUUGCCAACCUGGACCUUGAUCGCCAUACGGUAUCUCCAGUGCGCGAACAAUCACCGGCGUUGUCUGGGGAUGAGAAUCCUCUAGGAAACGGGGGCGAUGAUACCCCAUAUCCAAAGAACCAGCCUACAACGCCUCUAUACUCGGAGUUUACUGGCGUCGACUUCAACCAGCCUGUUGAGGACCACCCACAUAAUGGCCAUGCCCACCACGGGCAUUCUCAUUCCCACUCGCAUUCCCACGGGCAUUCUCACUCCCAUGGCGACCAUUCCCAUGAUGACCACGUCUGUCAAGGGCACAACCCGAAGGCAGCAGAGCCGCGAUCGAAAUUCACAACGUUUAUGCUGAAGCGUACGCUGAAUUUCCCGCUCCUGCAGUCUAUACUCCUCGAGAAAGACUCGCGGCGUAUUUUCUACUUUAUGAAUCUAAACUUUGCAUUUAUGUUGGUUCAGGCCUUCUACGGAUUCGUAACAGAUUCUUUGGGACUGCUCAGCGACAGCAUUCAUAUGCUCUUCGACUGCAUCGCAUUAGCCCUUGGCUUAUUCGCUGCCGUCUCGAGUAAAUGGCCAGCAAGCCAGCGCUUCCCUUACGGGUUUGGGAAGAUUGAGAGCUUGUCUGGGUUCGGCAAUGGCGUAUUUCUCAUGCUUAUUAGUGUUGAGAUUAUAAUUGAGGCGAUUGAGCGCCUGGCGGAGGGACACGAGACGAAGCGAUUGAUGGAGCUUUUCAUCGUGAGCUCUAUGGGCCUCGCUGUUAACUUGGUAGGGAUGGCUUGCUUUGGACACCAUCAUCAUGGCCAUGAUCAUGGAGGCCACAGCCACAGCCACGGCGAGGAGAAACACGACCAUAAGGGUCACGGCCAUGAUUCUGACUCCGACAUCCCUCUGAUACCCGGAGGUGCAGACGCGCCUGCAAAGCACAGCCACGGCCAUUCUCACGGCCACUCACAUGAUCAUGGUCACUCCCACGGUCACUCUCACGACAAUGAGAACAUGCGUGGUAUCUUCCUCCAUGUACUCGCAGACACCAUGGGCAGUGCCGCUGUCAUCGUGUCUACCGUGUUAAUCUACUUCCUCGGCUGGCCUGGAUGGGAUCCCCUGGCCUCCUGCCUCAUCGCCAUCCUCAUCUUUCUGUCUUCCCUGCCUCUGGUCAGCAGCUGCGCCAAGCGCCUAUUAUUGACUAUCCCUGCGGAUACGGAAUACAAGCUCCGCGAGACGCUGUCUGGCGUUAGCGACCUACGAGGCGUGGCUAGCUACUCUGUGCCCAGAUUCUGGAUGGCAGAUAGUCCUGAUCUCGUUGAGGGCGAGCCAAUCCUAGGCGCUAUGCACGUUAUCGCGACGCGCGGGUCCCAGCUUGACGAUGUUCGCGAACGCACGCGAACAUAUCUCUUGGGUCAUGGGAUGGAUGUGGUUGUCCAGGUUGAGCGCGAAGGAGAUGCAAAGUGCUGGUGUGGCGGCGACAACACCCGCACGCCCGCGAACUCGACUUCGCGCUUCUAGAUGGAGUGAAAAUCUACUUUCUUGUAUUUAUUCUGGUAGGGUGAAAAGCUCCUCCUACUGUACUGGUACAUUAUUAUUGCAUUACGCUCGGAGUUACGGGUGGGCAUUGAGGGCAUUUGGGAGGUUUAGUUUAACGAUAUUACGUACCAGAAGGAUUAUACAAUUGUCAGCGCG